GACAGCCAGCAGCUGUAGGCAGAAAAAUAUGUACGGAACGGAUCGGAUAUAAUUUUUAUUUCUAUUACUUACAACUACCCGCUACCGUUAGCGUAACAAUUUAAAUAUUUCAAAGUGUUUACGUAUUGUAACCAUUGUACGAAUGUUGGAACUAAUUGUGUAGUUUCGUAUUUACUUACAGUAUAGGUUAUAAAAAAUAUAAACAAUGUGGUUUAGUAAACCAAAUAUUACAGUUUUAAUUCUUAUAGUACAUGUAGUAUGGACAAAGUGCGACGGCCAAGUAGGUCCCGAUCCUUGGGACUAUGUAAGCACUGUGAACUCAGCUAAACAAGAUGAUAUACCACCAGACCUUGUGAAUGUUCCUACUAAAAAAGUUCAAACAAAUACCAUAGGCAAAAGUGAAUGGUUUUACAAACGAAUACUAGCAAUCGUAUUAAAAGGAGGAUUAGUAAAGAAAAAUGAAGAUGGCAGUGUAGAUAUUUCCUUGCAAAUGCGAUACAGCCCUGAACACUGGAAUACUCUGGAAGAAUACAUUACUUCCAACAAUGCACUCUCAGAAGAUAUGUAUAGACGUUCCAUGGGAUAUGUGGAGGAAGCUAUAUACAAACCCACUAUUACUGAGAAAAUUGUUAUGGCGUGGACUGAAUAUAUUCAAAUUUAUUUAAUUGAUUAUAAGUUAUAUAUUAUAUGGACUAUAAGUAUCCUGGCAAUCAUAGGAUUAACAAACUGGCUGGUUCGUCAUUUAUCACAAAAACAUAUAUUAACUCUUUUAUUUGCUGUGUUUUAUAUGUAUGAAGUUUUUGUAUCCUAUAAGGAGGCUGAGAAACAAGAACUAGAUAGGUUCAUACAAGCAGUGAAUACAUGCAAAUGGUUCAUAUGGAGUUCUACCUGUGAAGUACCACCGCCUGAUCCAUUAAUAUUUCUAAAACAUAUGAAUCCACUUAAAAUUUGUGUGAGAAUGUUUAGUGUUCUGUUGACAGAACUAAUGCUACCAAUCAGUGAUACAGUCAAGACAAUUUCCCAUGGAAUUACUGAUGGCCUGUGGUUCCCUUUUGAUAAAAUAAUGUAUGGAAUUCUGAUGGUUAUUUUCAAUACUCCAAUAAUAUUAUUGUUUGUAAUGAUAAUUUUUAAUUACUUUUUAAAUGUGCCACUUAAUCUGAAUUUUUUGGGUAUAUUUAAUAUUGGUUUGAAGCAACGAAAUAGAUCUAUUCCAAAAGCUUUUUCUAAUAAUAACACACCUGAUAUAAAAAGAAAGGAGAGUGUUGAUAGAAUUAGCGGAGAAACUCUAAAAAAGUUUCUAAAUGUUUUUGAAAAGGCCCUUGUUACAACUCAAUCUGCAAAUACAAUAAAAAUAAGUAAUAGUUCAAAACUAAGUUCAAAUUUAGCAUUAACAAAUAAACCUACUAUAUCAAGAUCUGCCAGUACAGGUCGCUUGCCUAAUUUUUCAAGCAAUGAAAAAUUAAAUCACUAAUAUUUUUUAAGGGUCCAACCAUUUUUUAAUCAUGCACAAUUAAUUUUAUAAUUAAACUUCCAAGUCACUAAAAUUAUAAGAUUUAGUUUUUCAUAAUGUAACUUAUAUAAUAAAUUAAUUCAUAGCUUUAGUUAUAAUUUGUAACCUGUGAUCUAAUAAUUAAAUUCUAUAAUAGCUGUAGGUAGGUAUAGUUAGAUGUUAAUAAUAAGUUUUACAAUUUUUGUGUAUAAAAUCGGUCUUGUAAAUAAAUAAACAAGUUUUUUGUAAUAAUGUUUUUAAUUAUUUUUUGUGAUGCUUAGUGAGGAAAGUGUAAUAAAUAAUAAAUUAUUAUAUAAAGAUUUCAAAACAUUCCAUUCAGAAUACACAAGAAGCAUUAUUUAAUAAAAAACGAUACAAUUACAGGACCUAGGUAAGAAGCAAAUUCUAAAUCUUGUUUAAGGUACUUAAUAUCUAAACACUAUUGGUCAACAAACAUUCGCAACCUCAUAAUAAAUAACAUCAUAACAAAACAUUAUCAAUAUAUACAACUAUUACCUACCAUUCCAUAGCCAUAAGGAAUGAUCAGAGAUCAAUGAACUCUGGGCCAAGCUUUAACCAUAUUCGUUAAACGUCACUAUACAUAUGUGCCUACACUAAAUGGACUAAUCACUAUACUAUAUUGAUGUGACGCUAAAUAUAAUUAAAGAAUCUGGAAUGUUCUACCUAAUGAUCAAAUAAUUAUACUUAGAUAGGUUGCCUUGAUUUUAUCAGACUUUACAGCCUUACUGAUUGAGUUAGGAAUUUUCAUAAGAGAAGUGAAGUGUAUUUAUAUAAAUUAAGGUAACUUAAUGUUGGAUUGGUCGAUACUGGAUAUGUUUUGAUAGCCUUUUUAAGGUUUAUUACAGCAACAUCAAAUGUUUCCAUUAUGUAUAGCUUUUAUUUAAAUAUAAAUUGUGUCUGCUGUCCUGGCAUCUUACAUUAAUGUUGAAAUUGUCUUUAUCUAACAAAGAUAUUUCUACCUGUAUGUAUUUGAGAAGAGUAGAGCCUAUCGAAAUGAGUAUCUAUUUGUGGUAAAUACUCACUCUUAUUUAUUUAUUUUUAUAAAUACUCGUAAGAAAGAAUCAUAAAUUUGGAUUGUUAAAUUCUGUAAAUAUUUUUAUUUUAAUUGUUGUUGAAAAAAUUUUGCAAAGGUAAAUAAACGUAAAUUAAUUAAUAUCCUGUUAACAUUCCAGAUAGAUACUCUUAGUUCGCAAACUAAAAUAAAACCGAUAUAACAUGUGCACGAAUGUUAGAGAAACGGUAUUCUUGAGAUAGGAUAUUAAUUUCUCUGCAUUGCAUUAAAUUACAUAAAUCACUAUUACAAUAUAAUUAAAUAACUUGAGUCUUCGUCCGCGCAGUACAACAGUGCGGGAUAUGACGACAGAGACAACGAAAUUAUGAAGCAUAGAAAUUCUUCUUUAAAAGACUGGUUUGUAGUGGUAACGUGAACGCGAUAGGAAAGCAGUAACAUUUCUAGAAAUUAUUAUCAUGUCUUGUUUUUUUUAACAUGUUUUCAGUCCCGCGCCAUCCCCUGUAUAUCUAUCUGAAUAAUUUAAUCACGCCUUUCUGCUAUGCUGGUUCCACUCAUUCAGUUUACACAUACAAAAGCGUUUGUUCUGUGAACUUACUACUAAGUAGGUACAUCAUAAACCAAAGUCUUUCGAAAGAAAAUAAUAUGAGGAAGUAGGAUACCUACUUAUUGUCGCAAAAAUAAAAUCAGAAGGGGUUGAAAGUUUGUACGGAAAGUUCUUCACUUUUCAAGUUUUUAAAAAUUGGUACUGCCAGAAAAAUACUAAAAAUAAUUUAAUUCAAGGUUUUUUUUUUUAUAAUUCUACCCCUAAAGUUAAAAAGGGGUUGAAGUUUUAUUUAAUAAAAAUAAUUACGCAGACAAAGUCGCGGGCUUCCGCUAGUAAAUAAAUAAAUAAGUAUGCACUUACGCUGCUCUGCCGCAUACCGCCGCACCACUGUACCACGCGGGCGAGGACCGAGUUGUAAGUUUUACCUACAAGUAUGACAAUGCACAAAAGCAGACAUCAAAAUGGUAUUUUAAGAGCAGUGGGCGUAGUGGCAGUUUUCAAUGUUUUCAUACUGUAACGAUCGCGUAACCGUAAACGUAAAGGAGAUGGUCUAAAAUUGUAUGGAGCCCAGGCGGAAAUAAUAGAAAAUAUUUUUUUAACUAUUUUCGAUUAUACAAAUCUACGAAUUUAAUUUAAUUCUUUCGAAAUAAUAUUCAUUCUCUCCCAAAAAAUUCAACGCUAAUAUGCGUAACAAUGGCAAAUUAAUGACGUUUUCAACGCAAUAGUCGUUUUGACGUUGGCUUGACGAAGGGCGCCAUCUUGAUACAACUCAAAAUUUUAAGUUUUAAUUUUAUUUAUUUCUAUUUAUUUAGUUACAUUUAUUCACUUAAGUAUUUAGAUUUUAACAAACACGCUGUAUUUUUAAAUCUUAAUGAUACGGGGUACAAGAGUGGACCUGAGAUGGACCAUCUCCUUUCCAAGGAAAUAAAACAGCUGCGCAGUAGUGCCACUAGAUGGCGCUGUUUCAAUUCCUUAGAAAAUCGCGUUUACGGUUACGUGAUCAUCACAGUAUGAAACAUUGAAAACUGCCACUAGGCACUCUGUAUAUAAAAACAUCCCACUACCGACUUAAUAAUGAAUAUUAUGUACCUGGUAUUUUAACCCGCUAUCGUGAUUCACUAUUAUUUAUUCAUCUACAUCAAUAUUAUUGCCAUACAUAUUAUUUGGGCACCUUUAUGAUCUUAAAAUUCACUUUGGUGUUCUAUUACACUAAGUUCUAUUGGCGGAUUAUUAUUAAGGAAUUUAAGAGAAUAUAAUAUAGAAGUGAUUAGUUUUAAAGCUCCUAAGUUACUAUACUUCUAACCUUUAUGAAACUUGUACAAUAAAUUCAAUUUACUCUUGAAUCGUUAUUUUUUUUUGGUAUUUGUAAAGUUUAAGUCGAUUAGAUUAAUUUUACUAUUUUAAA